UUUGUCCUCCUGGGUCUGUACGACAGUAAGCUCUGUGUGUCAGAGCUGUGUGACUCAGCAACCCAGAACAGGCUGCUAGCUCUCCACUGCCAUUGUGACGGACAGCAGAGUCCCCUCCCCUUCCUGGACAAGAACUCCAAUCAGGAUGCCUGCCCUGCCUCGAGCCAGGAGUUCGACGCCCUCAACAACCUCAACAGCCCCGCCCCUUGUCAGAACAGAUUUGGACGGGACCAGAACCUCAACCUUACCCUGAGCUCCAGAGUCAAUCCCAUGGAAGGGCUCUCGCUGCCCUCCCCCCCCCAGCCGCAAGCGCCUCGCCCCCCCUCGCUGCCCGUCUCUUCGUCCCUGACCAGACCGGACCCUUCGGAGGUGGACGACCAGGCCCCCGUGACCCCUGACCCCAGCCCUGACCCCAAGCCGAAACACGACCUCGCCAUCGACCCCGACCUCCUCAACGGCAACCUGACCUCCGAGUCCUCGACGUCAAGCGCCGAAACCCCGUCUCAACCCGACGACUUGGUGAACCAAUCACCUCAUGGGAGCGGCAGCAUCAUCACGAACUCCUGUAAAGUGAACAGGAACCCAGCAGUGCAGCAGGACGUCAGUGGAAAGGAGGGGGAUCAUCGUGAGGGCCACGCCACAGAUGAAGAGAAGCUGGCAAGCAGUGUUGGUGUCAGAGCAGACAAAGACCAGAGCAAUCCAGAGAGUUGUGUUUCUCCCAAAGCAGAAGAGGCAGAAUGUUGUUCCAUGUAUGAGGAACCCUGUAAACUGAAGAAUGGCAGUCUGUCAGGAAGUGACACGCCAAAGACAGGAAGUCAGGUCUUGGACUCCAUCUGCAUCAGCGAGGCUGAGAAAACAGCCGUUCUCACCCUCAUCAGAGAGGAGAUCAUCACCAAGGAAGUCGAGGCCAGCGACUGGAAGAGGAAGCAUGAGGAGAGCAGGCAGGAAGUCCACGAGAUGAGGAAGAUAGUGGCAGAGUAUGAGAAGACCAUCGCUCAGAUGAUCGAGGACGAGCAGCGUAACAGCAUGAGCCACCAGAAAUCCCUUCAGAGUGUGAUCAUGGAGAAGGACUCGGCUCUGGGGGACCUGAACUCUGUGGAGCGCUCUCUGUCCGACAUGUUCCGCCGCUACGAGAACAUGAAGAGCACCCUGGAGGGGUUCAAGAAGAAUGAGGAAGUGCUGAAGAAGUGUGCGCAGGAGUACUUGGCGAGGGUCAAGCAAGAGGAGCAGAGAUAUCAGACCCUCAAACUCCACGCCGAGGAGAAACUAGACAAGGCCAAUGAGGAGAUAGCCCAGGUGCGUGGGAAGGCAAGCUCAGAGAGCGUGGCUCUGACGGCCAGUCUGAGGAAGGAGCAGAUGAAGGUGGACUCCCUGGAGAGAGCCUUGCAGCAGAAGAACCAGGAGAUCGAGGAGCUCACUAAGAUCUGUGACGAGCUCAUCGCCAAGAUGGGAACAUCCGACUGAGGGAUUCCAUGAAUUCCCCAAUCAACUAAUCCGGACCCUUCUAGCCUUGCCAACAGCCUAUAGCGUUCCGCUCUGCAUGCAUCCAGCCAAUGAGCAGCUCUGCACCCCUGCUGUGAGCCCACCCUCAGGAUGUUGCUGCUUAACUGGUACACCCUAUAAACACAUCUUAUAGAGCGCACCUUGUCCACAUGCACCAGAUAUUGCACUAAAUAUUUCAUUUAAAACAAGGUCAAUGUUACAUGUGGAUCCUCCUUCUCCUUCACUUCAGGAACGUAUCGCAGCUUCGCACACAACAAAAAUUCUGUCUUGGUAAAAUACUGUAUAUCUCCAGUGUAAAUAAAGUUGUUGUAUUCAAAACCCCUGCAAAUUUCUCCUCCCACAGCAUAAACACAAUACUAGAACCCCUUGGCUGUAGCUGUCAUGGCUUUGCAUACAAGUCCUUAAAUAAAUGUAACUGACAAUGAUUUUAUCUGUACAAAAACCUUCUCCACACCUGCCAUAAUAUCACAGCAAUUCACUGCACUGGCAUGUGUGGAUGGGAGGAUGAAUUGGGGCCAGACUGAUGGGGGUGGGGGUGGCGUGGGCAAGGUCAGGGUCAGGAUGCUUUGUCGCUGAGAGGAUGGAGGAGUUUCUCAAGGAAAUACUGUGGAUAGCUUUUACUAACCUGCGAGGCCUUGUGCUGUUGUUAUAAACUGUGUUCCGUCCUCCAAUGUAACUGGUUUCCUGUGAAACCAGAAUAGCUUCUGUAUGCGUUUUGAGAUUUGCACAUGACUUUUAAACUUUGCCGGUUGUAGACAUCAUUCACCAGUGUUGUGAAAUAUAAUCACCAACUGGAAGUUCAGACAAAAAAAUUGGUGGGCGUGGAUGUGUUUGAAGAAAUGUUAUUUGGAGGAAUGUUUUGCUCUCUCUGGAUCUUUAAACAGGCUGUUCCUUUUACCAUUUGAAACAUAUACCUUUUAGUUCUUGUUUAAGACAAGCUGGUUUGUGAUAAUCCACUUUGUUACAUGCCAACUGUAAAGUUCAGCUAGGUGAACUAAUGCCAUGCCUGUUCAUCCUUCCAGACAAUUUCACGUACCAUCCUUUUAGCUCCAGCAACAAUGAUCAUGUUUAUAUUAGAAAAUGUAUAGUUUAUCAUUCUGUGACCUUUUCUACAAAGAUGAUUUGUAUCUGUACUGCAAAUUCAGAACAAGCACAUACUACAGAUCUGUUGACAUUGUAUUUUGUUUAUUAACAUUUGCCGAGUGUGUACCUUUUGCCUGAAUAAAUAUGAAUAGUUGUGA